AAAAAAAGCAAACAAAGAUGCUGGCUCUAUAAGCACCAGGCAGCAGGACAGAUAACAUUAGGAGGGUUUAGCUGAACGGCUACCCGCUUUAACACGAUCUCUCUGUGUUUUUUUUUUAUGUUUCCACAACAGGAAGCCUUUUUUUUUCGUUGAAUGUCGAAAGAAUUUCAGAUGGAUGUGUGUGCCUUAGUUAGGUGUCCCUCAGUUGUUGUUGUUAGCCGCUAAAGCUAGCUGUAGAAGUUGCGAGCUAGCUGGCCUAGCAAGCAGCAGAAAGAUACCGAGGGACUUCAGUUUAAUGUGACAUGCUCAGCUUUCAGCGGUGAGUAAACCGUUCAGCUCAUGGAGACAGUGUGCCUGGAUGGCAGUAGUUGGGGAACCGAGGCUUUAGCUGAGCUGUGGAAGUGCCUAUCCCUAUAGGUUACUUUAGCUUCCCACCAUAGCCUCCUCCACUCCUCGGAAGAAUGAGCAGAAAACAUCAUCACAUAAAAGGAGCCGAAGUCAGCUGCUGCGUCAAAUACUUCUUAUUUGGAUUCAACAUCCUAUUCUGGUUGCUAGGAGCAGCAUUCUUGGGGAUAGGCCUGUGGGCAUGGGCGGAGAAGGGCGUCCUGUCAAAUCUGUCAUCGAUCACAGACCUCGGAGGCUUUGACCCCGUCUGGCUCUUCAUCGUCGUGGGAGGGGUCAUGUUUGUCCUGGGCUUCGCCGGCUGCAUCGGAGCGCUCAGAGAAAACACCUUCCUGCUUAAAUUCUUCUCCGUGUUCCUCGGUUUGAUCUUCUUCUUGGAGCUGACUGCGGGGAUCCUCGCCUUCGUCUUCAAGGACUGGAUCAAAGACCAGCUAAACUUUUUCAUCAACAACAACAUCAAGGCUUACCGGGAUGACAUCGACUUACAGAAUCUCAUCGACUUCGCCCAGGAAUAUUGGUUGUGCUGUGGAGCUCAUGGGCCUGACGACUGGAACCAGAACAUGUACUUCAACUGCACUAACAAGAAUCCCAGUAGAGAGCGCUGUGGAGUCCCCUUCUCCUGCUGUGUCAAAGAUCCUGCCGAGGAUGUCAUUAACACGCAGUGUGGUUAUGAUGUUCGGCGUGAACAGGAGCUGGAACGGCAGAAAUUCAUUUACACCAAGGGCUGCGUGGGACAGUUUGAAAAGUGGCUUCAGGACAACCUGAUUUUUGUUGCUGGGAUCUUUGUUGGCAUUGCACUUUUACAGAUUUUUGGCAUCUGCCUCGCUCAGAACCUGGUGAGCGACGUCAAAGCCGUUAAAGCCAACUGGUGACAUGAGCCCCACAGCACACGGCGGGCCGAGCCCCCCCGCGGCACACUUACUUACCGUCCAGGUGCGGAUGGAGAGCCACCAUUUGUACAGACAACAAGAAAAAA